GCGGGAUCAGGGCAUAACACCGCCGGUCCACGUGCGUGCAAAAGAGGAUCUGGACAAGGUUUUAUAUCAGCAUGCUGUGAUUUGCUGGAAGAAGAUGCAGUGCCAUCACUGCCUUUGUGCGUCGGAGGCUUGGGAAAGAGGUCGCUGAACAUUCCACGUUUCAGCUUCGCGGAGUCGGCGGCUGCUUUCACAGUAGGAGACAGGACGAAUCCCUCCCCUGUGCUGGAAGACGAAUCCCCAUACUGUUCCUCUACUUCUACCGACUUUCGUAGGAGGUGACUGACAAUGGGCGACUCUUCUGCAGAAUCGAUAUCCAUAUCGUAGUCAGCACUCACGCGGAGCUCGGUUAAUGGCCGCUCCAGAUCAGUGGUGGACAGACGUCCUGCCGGGGAUGGGAGAUCUGAUUUUUUGCUUGAGCUCGUCGACACUCUCUUUGCCGGAGAUGAGGACAGGUUGGGUGUGUCCUCUGGGUGUCGCGCGAAGCCUCCUUCGUUAACAGGCGAGGUGAAGCCGCUGCUGGGUGGCUCGAUAGCCAAGGUUUUGCAAUUGGUCAUCUCGACUGAGAGCAAGUCUGGAAGUUGCGGGGACCCCUCUGGAAAAGGUUCUCUUACGUCCGUUUCAAAUUCGGCGAUUGCCCUUGGAGCUCUGGAGUACCUCCAGUCCUUGGAUGGUGUUUCCGAUGCUUCUUUCUCAGAGUUCCCCAAAAGGUCAGAAUUGGCAGUGCAGGCGUCCCCGGUUUCGGGACUUGGGGGGAGUCUGGAAUCGAUCGAGCCAACUGGAGAGGCAGCGAACCGGACAUCAAAGCGGAACGACGCUUUGGCGCUUUGAAAGAGCUUUUGCAUUUGUGCAACGUGACCAGGCAUGACGAUCGAUCUCGUUAAGCCCGGAUGGAUUCUUUUCCGGCCCGUGUUCGGCAAAGUGGUGUCUGGUUGGGGCUUUUGAUGUUCGCUGCGGCCUGUGUUAUUGCCUUCCGGGGUUCUCGAGGAGAGGGAAGGGUGUAAGACUUUGGAAAAGAAUAAGGAGGACCGCCGCCGAGGGGGAUCAAUCGGUGCUGCAGAGGCGCAUCCUGGUUAGUACAUUCUCGGGUACAGGAUUUGGUUGCGAACGCGACCGCACAAACAUGAAUGUUACCCACGCUUCGGUGUCCCUGGAGGAUAACCAGAAUGUGUUGACUUGCUGGAAGAGUCGCUGGAGGGCAGAGAACCAGGUGAAUGAUCCAUACCGGAGAAAGUGUUCACAGGAAAAGAGAUGCAGUAUCACUCAAACUCGAUUCGACCUCAAAAGAAGUACCCAAAGACAAGGAGCGGACAUCUGCAGCCAAAGGCAGACAGAGAAGAAGGGAAGAGGUAGGAAUGAGGCUCACGGGCAAGGCACAUGAAGAUAAUGACAGGUCGUGUGCCAUGACACAGGUUGCAAGGGAAGGCCCAAUGCUGAAAAGCUGGCAGCCGCCAUGUCGUUGGCAACCGACAUGCUUGAUUGACGGGAAGCGCAGUUGCAGGAGACAUGAUGGAGAAAGUGAAAGGUGUGUCGAUGAUGUUGGAAAAGCUGAGAUUCUGUCUGGAGAACAGCACCAACGACAACCGGGGUCAUUUGCGGCUUCGUAGACACAUUGCAAUCGAUCCAAAUCCUGAGUCUGUCUAGUUGAGCAGCGGUGAUUGUAG